GUCUUGGAGAUGGUAAUGAUGGACGGUUUACUGAACAGCAAUCCUUUGAGCAAGAUUACGAUAAUUUUGAGCCUCACAGCGGUUGGAAACCUAUUCAUAAUAAAAUAAAAGGAUCAGAUGUAUUAGAUAAUCAAUUUAGAAUUAGGCCUUUGGCGAAAAAAGUUCCCGGUUACGGAACGAAUCGAUUACCAGUGACUUCUAAUAGUUACCAGAAACCAUAUAUACAACAAUCAGUGUAUAAAAAAAAGCAGCCACAGCGAUUUGCUGAUGAUACACAUACGCGAAGAUUAGUUGAAAAUAAACGACCUUUAAGGGUAUUUGAUGAUGAUGAUGAUGAUGUACAACCUUUAAAGUUACGUGGAAAUAGCAGAAAACCUUCAAGGUUAAAUGGAGAAAAAAGACGAUUACCAUAUAAUAAUAUACGCGAUAAUAAACCAGCAAAAAUUAUGGAUGAAGAUACAGAAGAUGCUGACGAACCUAGGCCUUUACAAUCAAGACGAUUUCCUACUAAAAAGCGACAAGUGUGUCAGAAAAUGAAAAAAUCUAUGAUACCAAACGAUAUUGAAGAUCAUGACAUUAUAGGAAGAAAAAUGUCGUGUAUGGUGUGUAAAGAUUUUGCUUCUGGUGGUUCAUAUGAAAAAUGUUCAUAUAAAUCAGACCCCAUAUCUGAUGAAUAUUUUAAAGAACCAGAAGAAGUAAAUCAAUUUAAACAAAAUAGAUACAAACGCAGGGUUAUAAAAGACAGAAAACGAAAGCGACCUGAAAGUGGCGAAGAAGUAGAGGACUAUGAAUACGACAAUGUCAAUGCUCAAGAGUCUGAAGAAGAUCCAGAGUAUGUUCAAAAUGCAGAUGCCGUAGCCGAUUACGACAGUGAAGAUCCUGAGAAUUUCGAAACGGCUGAAAAUGAAAGUGAAGAAUAUAGAUUACCACCAUUACCGUUAAAAUCUUCUACUUGUCAUAAAGUAAUAAAAAAAGGAAACGUGUGUAAUGUGUGUCAAGACAAUCUGACAAAUAGAAAGUAUGAACAAUGUGAAUAUGAAGAUGAUCCAAAAAAGAACGCUUAUGAGUAUUCUACACGUAAUGUAUAUGGUAAACCUAGGUAUAAAAGGCAAUUAGACAGUGACAGAACCUACGAUGAUUACUUUAAAAAGCUGUUCCCUGAACUUGGUUUAAACCGGAAGAGUAGUAUAGCAACUAAGUUUUCGUCAAAAGAUGGAGACUUUGGAUUUUUGGAUAACGGACAAAUAGGUUUUAAAAAAACUAAAUCUUUGUUACUCGGCGAUAAAGAUUUAUCGAUUGAUUUCAACUCAGGCGAAGAAAGUCCAGUGAACAAGAUGUUGGGCGAUUUUCGUAAUAAAGAUCGGUCAAAUUGUAAGAAAUCACUUAAAGAUAAGAUGACGUGUUACAAGUGUAAGGACGAUAAGGGUUCGGAGACGGAAGAAUGUAUGUAUAUUACAGAUAGCGCGCCAAAAGAUAGGAAACAAUCUUAUCACGAAACAAAAAAAUUCAACACUAGUCCAGAGUUGUUAAAAUCUAUUACUGAUGCGGACAAAUCUAAUGAGAAUAACAAGCAACAGCAGCCAGCUUCGUCAUCGUUGACGCACGUCUAUGCUCCUUUGUUUGGUUCCAGUUAUGAGCCUACAGCACAAUACUCACAUAUUCAACCGCGAUAUAAGAACAGAAAUUACAGACUUCACAGGAAGCCGGUGACUGAGAAUUACGCAGAGUCCACCGAAGAUGACGAUCAGUCGGAGGCGCAAAGUGUGGAGGAGUACGAUUACGCGGACGAUCCUAGUAGCAAACAGGUAUCAAGACACGACUUGCCUGAUGUAGAUCCGUUUGGACCUGAAGGAGCGUACAGCGAGGAAACCGUGCCGGUUUAUGAUCCGACAUUAAGAACUUGGUUACCAAGAUACAUGGUAAUUAAGUCUUCUGAAGAAGCAAUGGUUGACGCAGAACUAGGAUUCGAUUAAAACGAAAGUGUAACAAAUACAUAUUGUAUACAACUUACUUACAAUAUUAUACGUUCAAGGUGGUAUCAUAUUACUUAUAUAUGCAUCUAUUUAUGAGCCAAAAUAUUAUACUUAUUAUAUAAACUGGUGGUAUGAUAAGGGUAUUACUUAAUGACUUAAUAGAUCAUUAUUAUUGUUGUUGUUGUUGUUGUUGUUGUUAUUAUAAUUAUAAUAAAUUUGUAUCGUAUAUCGAGAUUCAUAUUGUAUUUCUAUACU